UCUCCCACUAUUUUUCCGAAUUACUCUUAUUCCUACCCCGGAACAAUCGAAAACAUUCACAACAAGGCACACGAUAUUUUCCCCAUACCUUUUGACGGGGCGAAGUUGGUUAUCAACAAAGGCUUGUCUCCAAAUUUUCAAGUCAAUCAUUCACUUACAUUGAACAAUGAUGAUCAGGGCGGGUACCGUUUCGGUGUCACCUAUGUUGGUCAUGACAAAGUAUCCGACGUGGAAAGCUAUCCAGUUCUAAUGGGCGAGCUGCAGCCCAAUGGAAACAUUCAGGCUCAGAUCAUUCACCGUUUGUCCCCUAUGGUCCACAUGCGUUAUAUUGCCCAAGCCCAGCGUAAUCGUAUGGCUGGACAACAGUUCGCAACGGAAUGGAAAGGUACCGAAUGGCAAACAGCACUAACCCUGAUCAAUCCGGAUGUUACUCGAGGACAAGUCAUGGGUGCGUUGGAUGUAAUGCGACAGGUCUCGAAACGCGUAGCAUUGGGCACUAUGUUUUUCUACCAGCGGUCACCCCAACUUCCAGCCAAGCAGGAUGGUGUGUGGAGUUUUGGUGGGAAGUAUGUUGCUGACAAUUGGCAGGCGGCUGCUACAUUGCGGCCUUGGCAGCUGGGACUACAUACCAGUGUCCAUAUGCAGGUUAACGAAAGUCUGCAACUGGCCAUUCCUAAAGCGAACGUGACAUUCAAAGCUCAAAUUGAUUCGAAUUGGAAUAUUGCUUCAUCGUUGGAGAAGAAAUUGACACCAUUCCCUUUUACCUUUACUCUGUGCGCUCUCGGCAACCAGGCGAAAGCCAAGUACGCCUUUGGAGUCGGCCUCAUGGUUGGCUAA